GGCUCAGUGGUCACACCCGUCUGCAGAAAUUCCACACAUCUGUGAAAUUCGUAAAUUUCGAAAGUCCGGAAAAACCGGACGGAACCUGCCACCUAGCUCUGGACCAGUUGCACCACCUUCGAUCGCAAAAUGUCUAUUAAUCUGCGCACCGUCUACGCGUUCGCCAGGGAAAUGUACCCGAAGACUUCCAAGGAGCCCAUCCAAUACGGAACAGCUGGCUUUCGCGGCAAAGCCGAAUUCCUGGACAGCGUGAUGUUUCGCAUGGGAGUUCUGGCCACCUUGCGAUCCCGGUAUCGUGGUGGCUCCGUUAUUGGCGUGAUGAUCACGGCAUCACACAAUCCGGAACCGGAUAACGGAGUGAAGCUAGUCGAUCCCAAGGGAGAGAUGCUGGAGGCCAGCUGGGAGGCGAUAGCCACCGAUCUGGUCAAUGUCAGCGAUCAGGAACUGGAGCAGCAGGUGGCCAAGAUCAUCAAGGACAAGAACAUCGAUGUGACGACAAGUUCCCAGGUGUUUGUGGGCAUGGACAACAGAUACCACAGUCCGAGAUUACUUAAAGCGGUGGCCGAUGGAGUGAUAGCGCUUAAGGGAAACGUAAAGGAAUACGGAAUAGUGACUACGCCCAUGUUGCACUAUUUUGUAGUGGCCGCGAAUACCAAGGAGGCCUAUGGCAAGCCCACAGAGGAGGGCUACUACGAGAAACUGAUCAAGGCCUUUGAACUGCUGCGAAACGGGCGCCUGGAGAACGGAAACUACCGGAACAACAUAAUAUACGAUGGCGCCAAUGGAGUGGGUGCCAGAAAAAUGUUGCAGUUCAUGAAGCGAAUGAAGGGUUCCCUGAAUGUGACGGUCAUCAACCAGGGCAUUGGUGUCGGCAAGAUCAACGAGGACUGCGGUGCGGACUACGUGAAGGUCCAGCAAAGGCCGCCGAAAUCGAUGCCCGAGGUGGAACCCUUCACGAGGUGUGUUAGCGUGGACGGAGAUGCCGAUCGAGUGGUGUACUUCUUCAGCGACGACAAGGGCGAAUUCCACCUUUUGGAUGGCGAUCGCAUAGCCACCUUGAUCGCCGGCUACCUCAUGGAUCUGGUUAAGCAGGCCGAGAUUAGUUUGAGGUUGGGUCUGGUGCAAACCGCCUAUGCCAAUGGAGCAUCCACCGACUACAUAGUCGACGAACUGAAGUUCCCCGUUUCCUGUGUUCCCACGGGCGUGAAGCACCUGCAUCACAAGGCCUUGGAGUACGAUAUUGGUGUUUACUUCGAGGCGAACGGCCACGGAACGAUUGUGUUCAGUGACAAUGCUAAAGCCACGAUUGCCCAAGCUGCCGAAACUAAAGAAAGUGCCAAGACAUUGUUGCUCCUCAUUGAUCUUAUCAACGAAACGGUCGGAGACGCUAUUUCAGACAUGCUACUGGUCGAAACUAUCCUAAACCACAAGGGCUGGGACGUCCAGGACUGGAUCUCAUCGUAUAAAGACCUGCCCAAUCGGCAGUUGAAGGUAAAGGUUCAGGAUCGAAACGUUAUCGAGACCACGGAUGCGGAGCGAGUGUGUGUGAAACCCGAGGGUCUGCAGACGGAAAUCAACAAUGUGGUGGCCAACUACAAAAGGGGUCGGGCCUUCGUCCGGCCGUCCGGAACCGAGGAUGUAGUGCGGGUCUAUGCCGAAGCAGCCACCAAAGAGGACACGGAUAGCCUUGCCUAUGAAGUGGGAAUUCUGGUGCAGAAACUAGCUGGUGGAGUUGGCCCGGAAUUGACGAAACCGAAUAGUGCCCAUCUUUAAAAAAAAACGAACCAACCUCAAAGGAAUCGAUUUUCGACACAGGUCCUAGCUGGAGCAAUAAAUCUCUUUACUUUAAGGUGCUCAAUAACUUAAAAGUCUUAACUCUCAAAGCAUUUAUACUGUAACUGUUCACUGUCUUGUAUGUUCUAAAGAUGAGAUGUUUUUUACCACUA